GAGUGUAUAUCUAUAUAUAUAGAUAUACAUAACCAGGGUGUUUUUUGUAUACGUCUCCUCCUCCUCACCGGUAACAGAAUGCUCCGGCACGCGAGAGGGUCUCUGUGGUCGGUCUACUUCAAAACGCGAGUACCGGACCACCGCACCGGCCUGAGACGGUGGUCCAGCAUGCACCGCGCGGUCCCUCCAGUUAUCUCCGUCACGCCCUCCCGGGCUCUGGUGGAUGAGACGUUCAGGGUCGCGGUGCAGAAUCUGCCUCCGGGCUCUCCGGUAACGCUUCACUCCCUCCACCGCUCCGAGGACGAGGACUUGUGGGAGGCCUUCGGACACUACGUCAGCGACUCCAGAGGAACCGUGUCCGUUGCGGAUGAUUUCAGUUUUGGGGGAACGUACACGGGAAAAGAAGCCAUGGGCUUGUUGUGGAGUAUGAGUCCCGUCCCAGGCAGCCGCGAAGGCCUCAGGUUGAGAAAGAAGAACGUCUGCAUCCCCCAGCUGGUCAACAUCUCGGUGUACGGUGGACACGUGGAGGAGGGCUUCGGGGAGCGGCUUCCUCUGGCCUCCACGCUCACGGAGAGGUGGCACUUGGGUCCGGGAGUCCGGAGGAUUGAAAUCAGUGAGAGGGGAGUGCGAGGGACGCUGUUUAUACCUCCAGGUCCAGGACCCUUCCCCGGCAUGCUGGACAUGUGGGGGGGAGGUGGAGGGCUGCUGGAGUAUCGAUCAGCCCUGCUGGCGUCUCACGGUUACGCUUCUUUGGCGCUGGAAUAUUUCACCGCCGGUGAGCUGAAGUCCGCCGACAAAGAGUUCAGCUACUUUGAGACGGCCUUCAACAUCGUCCGUGAACAUCCUCAAGUGAUCCCAGACAGAGUCGGCCUCUUCGGUCUCUCCCUCGGCUCGCUCAUGGCCAGUUACCUGGCGGCCGAGAGCAGCGUUAUCGAGCCUCGUUGUUGUGUUUGUGUCAGCGGCGGCCAUCUUUAUCCACGCGGGGCGAACCUCCAACAACUCUUCCGGGCGUACUCCUCGCACAGUCACAAGCUGCGUGUGGAUGAGCACAACCGUGAGAUAUGGAGAAGCAUCAACCUCCCGAUUCCAGAGGAUCUCUCACAGAAACUGGACGUGGGGAAGAUAAACUGUCCAAUGUUGUUGGUGAACGGCAUUGAUGAUCAGAACUGGCCCACAGUGGAGUGUGCUGAGGAUAUGGCCCACAUGAUGCGUGCAGCAGGGAAGGAGCACCUGCUGACCAGAAUCGAAUACCCGGAUGCUGGACAUCUGAUCGAGCCGCCCUACUCGCCUCACUCCAGAGCCACGAAGUUUAUAAAGGACGGCGUGACCGUGAUCUUGCUUUGGGGAGGACAAACCAAACCCCAUGCAGACGCCCAGGAGGACUCCUGGAGGAACAUCUUGGCCUUUCUGCAGAAGCAUCUGUACUGCACCCAGAACCCCAAAGCCAAGAUGUGAACCGCUGCAGGCGUUGUUCCUUCAUUCUGAUGAAUUGACGUGCACUGAAUGUUGUUGUUGUUGUUGUUGGUGGUUCAUUAUUUAGUGUCCACAAAGCCACUAUUCAUUCAUUAUGUUUUGAGUUUAAAGGAAGACUUCACCCUCUGAGGACCAGUUGUGUGUCAGUGACUCACCAAGUUUUACCUUUUUUUAGUUCUUUCACUUCAAUCCAUCAACACAUUUCUGUCUUUUGAUUCAACGUGGAGAGAAAAACACACACACAC